AGGAGUCCAAGUAGCUGAUGAAGUAUGCCGCAUUUUUUAUGAUAUGAAGGUUCGGAAAUGUUCCACACCAGAAGAAAUCAAGAAAAGAAAGAAGGCAGUUAUCUUUUGUCUCAGUGCUGACAAAAAAUGCAUCAUUGUGGAAGAAGGCAAAGAGAUCUUAGUGGGAGAUGUUGGUGUAACCAUUACUGAUCCUUUCAAGCAUUUUGUGGGAAUGCUUCCUGAAAAGGAUUGUCGCUAUGCUUUAUAUGAUGCAAGCUUUGAAACAAAGGAAUCAAGAAAAGAAGAGUUGAUGUUUUUUCUAUGGGCACCAGAACUAGCACCUCUCAAAAGUAAAAUGAUCUAUGCAAGCUCCAAGGAUGCAAUCAAAAAGAAAUUUCCAGGCAUUAAACAUGAAUGUCAAGCAAAUGGACCAGAAGACCUCAACCGCGCUUGUAUUGCUGAGAAACUAGGAGGAUCCUUAAUUGUAGCUUUUGAAGGAUGUCCUGUGUAGAUGAUCAUUCAGUGCCACAAGUUGAAAAGCUUCCAUGUUUAAUGUAUCUUCUUGCUAAAUAUGUAAAACAAAUAUAUUUAGGCCAGGGUUUCACUGAGGGGGAGCUGUCUUGUUCUAAACCAGAUAUUAUAUAAAUCUGUAUAAAAAUAACCCUAAAUAAAUCUAAAGUCUAAAGUUUCA